UGCACUCCCCACACAGAAGAGGGGAACACAGUGAGCCUCUUAGCUGGCAUGGCGUGUGACUGCCCUUGCGUCAGUAGUGUGCCGUGUUGUACAGGACACUAUGUGCAUUUGCUCUAGUAGAUGUGAUGCUCCUGUAGGGCUGGAGCUCUUUGCAAUGUAACUGUCCCUUUAAAAAAGGAGAAAGCUUCUCACAAUCUACCUCUGGACAAAAGGCGCUGGGAUCUGACUGCUUGACUCCACUUCAAGAGACAGGGAGACAGAGAGCACAGAAAGAAGGGGAAAGAGGAGACCCUACCACAAAAGAGAGGUCUUAAUGAAAUAGCAAUCCAGGGAACAGUCGUGAUUUCGACAUGCCUUUCCAUGUGGAGGGGCUGGUAGCUAUAAUUGUAUUCUAUCUGGCAAUCCUGUUUGUUGGAAUAUGGGCUGCCUGGAAAACCAAAAAUAGUGCCAGCGAUGGAGAUCGCAGAGAAGCUAUCAUAGUCGGUGGAAGAGAUAUAGGCUUGCUAGUUGGUGGAUUUACGAUGACCGCCACCUGGGUUGGAGGAGGCUAUAUCAAUGGGACAGCAGAAGCUGUGUAUGUCCCAGGCUACGGGCUGGCUUGGGCUCAGGCACCCAUUGGCUAUUCCCUUAGUCUGGUUUUAGGUGGUCUAUUUUUUGCAAAACCCAUGCGUUCCAAAGGCUAUGUGACAAUGUUAGACCCAUUUCAACAGCUUUAUGGAAAAAGAAUGGGAGGGCUCCUGUUUAUACCCGCUCUAAUGGGAGAGAUGUUUUGGGCCGCAGCCAUCUUCUCUGCGUUAGGUGCCACCAUAAGUGUGAUCAUUGAUAUUGAUGUCAAUAUUUCAGUGAUUGUUUCUGCCCUGAUUGCAAUUAUGUACACUCUGGUGGGUGGACUAUACUCAGUGGCCUAUACUGAUGUGGUUCAGCUCUUCUGCAUCUUCCUGGGGCUGUGGAUCAGUGUUCCUUUUGCAAUGUCACAUCCUGCAGUUAAAAACAUUGGAUUCACAGCUGGGCAGAAAGAGUCUUGGCUUGGAUCCAUUGAAUCACUUGAUGUCUACUCAUGGCUUGACAAUUUCUUUUUACUGAUGUUGGGAGGAAUCCCAUGGCAAGCAUAUUUUCAGCGAGUUCUUUCUUCUUCAUCUGCCACAUAUGCUCAAGUAUUAUCCUUUCUGGCUGCUUUUGGCUGUCUUGUGAUGGCCCUUCCUGCAAUACUCAUUGGUGCAAUAGGAGCAUCAACAGAUUGGAACAAGACUAUGUAUGGUUUACCAGACCCCACAGAGAGGCAAGAAGCAGAUAUGAUUUUACCAAUUGUGCUUCAAUAUCUUUGUCCUGUCUAUAUUUCUUUCUUUGGCCUUGGUGCAGUAUCUGCUGCUGUAAUGUCAUCAGCUGACUCUUCAAUCUUAUCAGCGAGUUCUAUGUUUGCUCGAAACAUUUAUCAACUUUCAUUUCGACAAAAUGCUUCAGACAGGGAAAUAAUUUGGGUCAUGCGAAUCACUAUUUUUGUCUUUGGAGCAUCAGCAACAGCAAUGGCACUGCUAGCUAAGUCAGUUUAUGGACUCUGGUAUCUCAGUUCUGAUCUCGUUUACAUCAUUAUCUUCCCACAACUCUUAUGUGUGUUAUUUAUCAAAGGAACCAACACUUACGGUGCCAUUGCAGGAUAUUUGUUUGGCCUCCUUCUCAGAAUUACUGGAGGAGAACCAUACCUUUACCUUCAGCCCUUGAUCUUCUAUCCUGGUUACUACGCAGAUAAAAAUCAUAUAUACAUCCAACGCUUCCCAUUUAAAACACUUGCUAUGCUCACCUCCUUCUUCACUAAUAUUGCAGUCUCCUACCUAGCAAAAUAUUUAUUUGAAAGUGGUUCUUUGCCACCAAAAUUAGACUUCCUUGAUGCUGUUGUUGCGAGGUACAGUCAAGAAAACAUGGACAAAGCAACUCUUGUAAAAAGUGACAAUAUUAUAUUAAAUGAGCUUGCACCUGUGAAGCCUCGGCACAGUCUGACUCUGAACUCAACUUUCACAAAUAAGGAGGCCUUCAGUGACAUUGAUUCAAGUCCAGAGCUAUCCAGUGCUGAAGAUAACUUAGUGACCAACACAAAAUGAAAUUCUGCUUUCACAUAAAAUGCAGUGCAACAGGGUAUCCCAUGAAGAAUGGUAAGAGGCAUUUUAGCAGAAGAAAAACAGGGACCCAGAAUAAAAUGCCACUGCACAAUUCUUUAAAUCACUUCUAUGAGAGUGGGAGCCUGGGGAAUAAACUGUUGUAUUUUAUUAUCAAACUUGUUAUGUUGGGUUAUAGAAUCUCAAACAAAGGAUAAAUUCCGCAUCUCCCCCCAUGCAAACAGAUCUUGAUACUACAGAAUUUAAUAAAUAUAUACAACACAAAAUAUAAGUAACAAAAAACAGUGAAAAUUAUUUAGGUCAGCCAGUAUAUAAAGAUACUUGACAUUUGUAUUCAGUCAUCUGUGAGAUUAUGAUAUGGUCACUCUAAAAUAAUGAGCAGUCAGCAUUAUAUUGGCACUAAUUGAAAAAUAUGUGGUCACUACUGUAAGUGAUUCAUUGCUAAUUAUCAGGUAGCUUGAACAAGAAGUAAUAAUUAACGACCUUUCUUGCUUUUUUUUAUAACAAAUUUUGUAAAAAUACAUCCAGUAUUUUAUUAUUUCUACUAAAGUAAUUAAGUGUGUGAUUAACAAUAAGUUCCUCAUAGGAGGGUUAAAUGUAUUAUACUUACAAAAGGUUCAAAAAGAUAUCAGGUUUCAGAGUAGCAGCUGUGUUAGUCUGUAUUCGCAAAAAGAAAAGGAGUACUUGUGGCACCUUAGAGACUAAACAAUUUAGUUGAGCAUAAGCUUUCGUGAGCUACAGCUUAUGCUUAAAUAAAUUUGUUAGUCUCUAAGGUGCCACAAGUCCUCCUUUUCUUUUUAAAAAGAUAUCACUAUUUUAAAGUGGUGUUAUCUUAUGCAAUAUGCAAGAUAAACUUAAAGUAUAUUACAACAGACGCCUUUCCUUUCUAUCUCUGAGUGGCUGUCACCAAUAGAGGAUAAAAAACCUGUUUAUAAAAAACAAUUAAAGCAAUAAAUUGAGUUGAAAAUUAAGCUCUGGGUGAAGUAAUGGGAAUUUAUGCUUUGUAGAGGUAAAUACAGUUUUGCAGUUGUAAGAAAAUAAACAAUUUCUUUGCUCAGUGUACAAAUGAAUAUUGGACAUAAACAGUCUGCUGGUGUGGAAAUGUAACAGUGCAGAGUCCAUUAAUAGUAGGGGGAAUCAAGAGGGCUGGAUGGAAGAUGGGGUGCGGAUUCUGUAGAAAAUUUUGGCUUUUCAUCAAAAACAAAAUGUUUUCAAACAAAAAAAUGUAAUCUAUUUUAUUUUGGGGUUUGCUGUGAAAAGUCUAAAUAUUCUAUGGAAAGUGGACAUGUGGAAAAAUUCACUUUGUUGAAAACCCAAUUUUGUAUUGAAAAACAGUUUUGACAGAAAACUUUUGGGCAGCCAUAAGUGUCAGCCUUCAAACUAAUCCACACACCCAACAGCUGGCACAGAGAUGCUUGUCAGCCAAAGGGAGUCCUCCUUUGUUAGGAGGGCUGCUAUUGGUCAAUCCCUAUGCCUCUGUAGAACACUAGGAUUGGUCAGCAGGUGGAUCACCACCCAUAAAAGGCAGCAGCAGACUGACGUUGGCCUCUUACUGAUCAGCCCCCUGGCACUGAAAACUAAGAACAAAUAAAAUUGCAGCCACUUGACCAUAUCUUAGAUGUCUGUGUCUGUUCUCAGUGGUACUGGUCCUUCCCAAUGGGAGGCCUAAUAACUAAAUUGCUCUACAAUGAAGAGUUAUACUCCAGUAAUUCUCCAGUGAUCCUUGUAAAAUUAACAGAUGACAGAAAAGUGUAAAACUGAAAUUCAUAUUUCCUUAUGUUUUGAUUACUGGUGACAGUUUCUUAUUAACAUUCAUGAAACUAUGAAUUAUAGCAGAGAACAGAAAAUGUAAGAAUACGUUUUGCUGCUAUAGGAAGAAGCCAUCAACUUUUGCAUUCAGUGUUAACGUAACUUUCACAAGGUUGAUCCUUAAAUUUUUUUGCUCCUUUUGUGGAGUUUUAAUUCUAUAUGUAUAUUAUGUAUGUACAUAAAAUUCAUUUUAGAAAUGUUAAUGUUUUUCCAAAAGUCAUAUUUCAAAAAUAACACUGCAUCUCAGCUCUGAAUGUGCACCUUAUGAACUGCAGUACUAGAUUUAAAAAAAAAAAAAAAAAGUCAAGCUCUAAGGACUGUAGAUUAAAACUAGAUCUCCUUCAAAUGCACACAUGGCCCAAUACAUAGUAGAAAUGCCAUGUUUCUACUGUCUGAGUGAGCGGAAGAGCAGAUUCAGACCACUUAGGGGGGCUCCAAAACCUGCUGCAUGCACAUUGGCAUCCUCCAUUGGACCAUAUAGAAAGGGAAGGAGAAGUUGCUGGGGUCUGGCCAGUGGGUCUAUGCACAGCUUAGAACUGCUAGUCCAAAGCCCCCCAUUCGAUGGCACAGUGAACCAUGCCUGUACUUGCAGCCAUAAUGCAGUGCCCUAGUUCCAGGGUGAGUAUGAAGACUCCAUCUGGCAAUGAUUUGUAAAUGAACCAUGCAAAGCCUUGAUACUUUGGCUCUGUAUAGGGGAAGCCAGGAUCUCAUCCUUCAGGCUAAAUACUAACACCUUCCAUGGACUUGGAAGGCCUGAACAUAGCAGAACUACUGAAGAUCUGCUAGUUCAUGGGGACAACCUGCAGUGAAGCUGUACUGAGGGCAGGGCUGAGCAGAGGAUGGAGAUUCCAUUUCACAAACUGGUUUUAUUCCAAAUUGGAAUGAAACCCAGCAACUUCUAAAUUCUCAGCUAAAGGAGGUUACAAAAAAAAAGUUUGGGUUGAUUGAAACAUUUUGCUUAGUCACAAUCAUUAUUUCAAUUUUGACUUUUUAAAUUGUAUAUUAUAAUACAGACUUUAAAAAAUUCAAAAUGAAGUGUGUUUCAUAAUAAAAAUCGAAGUGUUUCAUUCCAAAAAUAUUGAAACAGGAUGUUUCAACAUCAUCAAAACUUUUUAUUUCUGGUUUAUCUCCUAAGUGAAAUUUCACUGAAACCAACACAAAUGUGUUUCAGUUUCAACAGAACCAUUUUCCAUCAGAGAAUGCAGUGCUAUCAAAGUUUUCUCAACCAGUUCUAAACGGGGGAUUCCACAUCUGUUGCUCUGAGUAGCAUUAUUCCAUAGCAUCACUAUUGCAGUAGAGGGCAGAGGUUCUGGAACACUUUGUGUAGUGGGGGUGCUAAGAGCCAUUGAAGCAAACUGUAAACCCUGUAUAUAAUAGAAUCCACUUCAAGCCAGGAAGUGCGGCAGCACCCCUAGUUCCAGCACCUAUGGCAGAGGGGGAAGGAGAGUCUGGGGUGUGGGCAUUGGUUCCACAACUCUGCCAAUCCACAAAACAAACCUAUAUGCUUGCAUAGAGGGGAGUUACAGAAACUGCAGAGGGACUGUACUGAAGCUCUUUCAAGUGGGGGAAGAUUCCAAGGUCCCCAGAGAGACCUCUAGCAUAAUGCCUGGCUACAAGGCUUGGUUUACACUACAAACUUAGGCAGGUAUACUACAUCCACACCCCUGAGCAACGUAGUAUACCAGCCUAACCCCUGGUGUAGACAAUGCGAUGUUGACAGCAGGGCCUCUCCUGUCAACGUAGCUGCCGCCUCUCAGGGAGAUGGAGUACCUGUGUUGAUGGGAGAAGUUCUCCAGUGCAGCUGCGCCAUUGCAGCACUGUAAGUGUAGACAAGCCCCAAGAAUUCUUGCCUUAGUUCAGUUUAUCUAACAUUAGAGAACAAAGAUAUGAAUAAAAGUAAGGGCCAUACCCUAACCUUGACUUUUGCAAAGAAAAACCCAUUGACUUUCACAUGCAAAAUGACAAUAGGAUAUGGUUCUUCAAACUACGACUGCUAAAUGGUUCAUUGGCCAACUUGGUUUUGAUACAAGUCUUCUGAUGUUUCUUUCCUAGUUUUGCAUUUUGUAGACAGUAGUGCUAAAUCCUCUAUACAAUCAAGAAGGCAAAAUUAUGGAUUAAGUUCAUUUUCAGACACUGAGGUCAUUAUUUCUAGGCCUACCAUUGUGGAUCAAGUAUUCUUAUCAUGAUUGUAUGCUUUAUUUUCAUACUCUUAAAAUUACUGUGGAAAACAUGCUUAUUUGGUAGGUUUGUAGAACUUUCUGCAUGAGAUUUGUUCAUAACAUCAAGCUUAUUACAUAGCCAUGAUGUCAAAAAUGAAUGCAAGUAAUCUAUGAACUAUUAUUAUGUCUAUAGCUGUCCACAUAGGAUAAUAUGUGUAUUAUAAAUAAACUAAUCUUAUGUGAACCUGAACUGAAUGUAAACUUUAAGAGAAACAAGUAUGGCAACAGUCAGAUUUAGCCUUUUAUUUUCAUAUAAUACAAUAAUUUAGGAUUUAAAAUAUAAAUAUCACAGAAAUAAAACGGUCAUUUAUUUUGCCUUCUACCCGUUAAUCUCAUUUGAACAAGUACAAUGUGCAAUUAGACAGUAAGUUAUUGUAAAUCUGCUAUUUAACAGGGUAGUAUUUGUGGCUAUUGUUAUAAAAUGUAUAUUUUUGUCUGUGUCAGAAAUAUUAUAUUAAAACUCUAUACCUAACAAAUCAAACAAGAACCAUACUAUAGAUGUCUAUGUUUUAACUGCAUCAGUACUGUAUUAAUAGUGCCCAGGUAAUUCAGGAAACUAUUGUCUAGUUUUGGCUCUGUUUUUGUCCAUCUAUUAAAAACAAAUAUAAAUUUAUUUUAUUAUCAAGCA